CCCAUCUCAAAUUUAGGGGGAGGGGCAGAGUAGGCCAAUCAUCAUCAAAGUUUCUCCAUUUUGCCUCUUUGUUUAAACAUGUACACCUGUUUUACAGACAACAAUACAAUAUCAACAAAAGGUCUCAAAAUUUUCCCAGGCCGACAUAAAUCACAUGACGGUAUAGGCGUACAGACCGAUCCAUGGGGUCGAUUGUAGCACCUUGUUCUUUUUUUGUUGAACCAAGCUUUUCUUAAAUUAUUGUAAUACACACUCAUAAAAACAUGACAAUGAACGUCGGUCCAAAGGCCAAAGUGCAUUACCUUUGUAAGGACCCCCCCCUCCCUCGCCCGAUUCCUUCAUUUUGUCCACUAAACACCCAAGAUAAAAGUCAUUGCUACGUCGAGUACCAUUUCAUGACGUCUCUAAAUCCUGAAAUAUGGCAGCAUCUUCAAGCGAAUCCCAAGGUUCUCGCGCUGGAAGUCGUACGAUUAUCUGGUGUGUACCCCGUACUGUUUCUACUGCUCUUACCAAGAGUCUAAGUUUUAUCAAAGAUAUAGAAGUAUGGUUUGAACGUUUUACCAACUGCAGAGUUACACAAGUUCAUGUUAAACAAACGUUUGAAUUGGAUCUACCAAACAAAUACGAAGGAAAUGAGGAGAUAUUCAAGCGUGUCGUUGAUCGUUCUCGAGAAUUUGGAGUGGGUAAUAUUACCAAACCAGAAAAAAUAUCUUAUGCAUCCAUUGGUCGACAGCUGGAGAAAACAACUAGUCGCCACGUCUUGGUCAAAGAUAUGGCCCUUGCCGUUUCUAAAGAGCAGAAAAAGUUUAUCCCAAAAGGCUUCAAGCAUAUCUUCUUGAUACGUCACCCGCUCCGUGUGUUCAACUCAACACGAAAAUCGAUGUUCAACCAACAAUUAGAUCUGGGUCUCCUAACCGGGGAAGCUGCCGUCGAAGAAACAUUCGACUUUGAGCGUGACUACCAAUACGCAAACGGAUCAGGUUCGAUGCUAUUCAAAGACCUCUACGAUAUGUGGAAGUUUGUCCAAGAGGAGCUUGGUCAAGAAACGGUAAUUUUCGAUAGCGAUGAAUUUUUGUCUAAUCCUUCUGAAAUGCUACCGAAGAUCUGUCAAGCAGCAGGGCUGCCGUAUAACGAGUCACUUUUGAAAUGGGAUUCGUCUGUUGAUGUGACAAAGAAGUGGAUGGUCCAUGCUGAUGGUUACGUUGACAAGCUUGGGCACUUCUUCGAAACUGCCAUCAAUAGCUGUGAAUUUUUGCCCCCAAGCAAGAUGCCGUCACGUGAUGAGGUUACACCUGACGUCAUCAGAUGUACCGAUCGGGCUAUGAAAUAUUAUGACGAAAUGUACGAAGUGAGACUAAAGGUCUAACUUCAGAUUCAUCCAGCAGUUCAAGGAGACUACUCUAGAUCAUCAAAAGGCAUAAUCUGAAAUUACCCCCCAAAACAACUGUUUUGGUACUUGGAUUUCUACAUGUAUAAUCUGAUAUUUUUAAUGUGAGUCUUAUAUUUUUCUCCUUAAAAGGAUUGGUGAAUUGUCUCGCAUAAGUUUCCCCACAUGCAGCAUCAUUACAAAUUAAAUGCGGGAUAACUAUUACUUUAUAACAAUGACUAAAGUUAGUUGGUGUAAAAGACCGGUUUAAUAAUCACACCAACACUUCUCGAAAUCUUAUAUUUUCAUGAGUAAUCAUCAACUAGAAAUUGUACAUUUUGACUCCCGUCGUUCUUAGUCGUUUUUAUGACCUCUUGAUAAUGCAUCCGGGGAUCUUGAACCCUCAUCCUCAAUACAACAUAUAUUUAUCAAGUCGUAUUCACUAAACAUAUACAACAAAGCAAUUUGAAAAGAACAAUAUUAUGCAUAUCUUGGUGUUGGGAGAGUAAGUGUGAUCAGCAAAAAUUUUGAUUUGAAUAAUGAAUUUCUUACUAUCAUAAAAGACCAGAAAUAGUAGAGGAGAGAUUUGAUAUUGUGCCCCCUAAUAUUUUGAGUAGGGGGGACAUGUCCCCCCUGGGAUUUCCGCCCACGCUGUUGACAGAACUCCGUUUCAUCCACUACAUGCUGUAAUCUAUUAUUUACAUAAUUUCUAAACAAGUUCAAAGCUACCCCAUGUCAAAACUGUUCACUUUCAUGUCUAUCAGUUGGAUUUACGUACUAAAUCCAAAAGUCCCACAUUUGGAGAGCAAACCUUUCGCUUUCGAAAGUCAAAUUGCGAAGCAUGCUGAAUAGCUGAAUUAGAAUUGUUCUUGGUUUAUUUCAUGUCUAUAUUCAUAUUUUUCUAAUAUACAAAUAAAAAACAAAUAAAACAUGUAGAUUAUGAUUGAAAUCAUCCAAAUAUACAAUAUUAUCCACAUGGCCGUACGCAGAUAUUUUCCCCCGGGGGGAGGGUUAGAAGCGUAAAAUGCCACGGGGACGCGUUUGCAUAUUCCAAAGUGAACUUGAAAAAAAUCGUGCUUACUUUUCCUGAUUUUUGUGGAAAUGUUCAGUAAAGGAAUGUAAAGUUUUCAAAAUUUCUGGGGGAUCAACUGCCCACGUGAACCUCCCUGCUGCGAUGCAUUUACCCUAUAUUUGUAAAUAUCAUAAAAUAUGGGUAACGAUCUAACCCAGCAUAUAUAGCUUCAGUUGAAACAUUUCCAACUGGUGAUGUCUGAUUACAGAAACCGUAUUUCAAAACUAGUGUUUGUUUCAUAAACCUAUUCGUAAGUUAAGAGCGACCUUAAGAACGACUGGUGAAUCUUUCUUACGC